UUCCAGUGUUUAGAGUCCCCCUCAUGUGUCCCAUACACAUUUAAAUCUGUCCGGCCCGUCUGGUCCGUGUCCUUUGUCUUGUUAGACUCAUGCCAUCUGCUCUCUGUUAUUAUUAUAGGCGGCUUGGGAUUUAGGGUAGCACCAUCUUUGCUGCCAGAAUUGACUCUCUGUAACUACCUAAACAUAUUCCAGGGCGCACUUACUCUGAAACUCGACAAACAUCGCCAGUUUUUGUGCCAUCGUAAUCACAUUUUAACAUAACGGUGUGUAGCGUUGCCUGGUGACGUCAGCGUCCCAGUAAGAUACCAGUCCCUUUCACCCCCCUUUGGCAGGCGGUGGAAACAAAUCCAGCAGGAUGCUUUCCACUUCGAGUUGGGAUUUUAGCAGUCACUGCUCCAACUCCCGAGCGCCGGAUCAAAUGUGAAUGGGUGUACGGGACGAUGUGGAGAAGAGCUGCGGGUUUAAAGACAGACGACGAUGAAAACGUGGACUCUGGAGCUGAAACUGUUGAAUCAGACUGCAGCAGGAUGUCGUCUGCCAUUGAGCUUAUGACCAGGCAGGUGAGGCAGCGGCGGCAGCAGCAGCUCCUGCUGAUGAACUUACAUCUGCUUGCCAACCCUGGAGACUCUCUGCUGUUGCAGCAGACUUUAGAUUGCCUGCUGCGCUGGCUGUGCCCAAGCCUCCGCAUCUUUCAUGUGUCAGAGAGAGCCUCCCCACUAAGAAGUUAUACUCGCCUUUGUCCUGUAGCAGGUUACCCUUCAUUGGCCAUCACUUUCUUCCUCCAUGAGGCUUACGGAGAAGAGCGAAUCCUCAAAGUGCUGGACUUUUUCCAACGGCCACCCUGGCAGUACCAUCACACUGAGAGUUGCGGCAGUCGAACUGGUGGGAUUCACAUUACCUCCAGCAGCUCACCUUCCAAUGCUCUUCUGAGGCCGUACCUCUUGCCCAGCAGAGACUUCUAUAGUCUGGGUGUGGGGAUGCCUGUUUGGGGGGUACGGCCUGUGCACUGUGGAGGGGAAAUACUGCGAGUGACACUGUACAGUGGCUAUGACAACUAUGAGGAUGCUGUGCGGCUCUAUGAGACGGUGCUGCAACGACAGGCAGAGGAGCAGAAGACUGGUUUCUGCUGGUUCACCCUCCACGCAGAGCCAGGGCUCUGUCUUCAGAUGGCUUUAAAGCAGUUGUCACCAGGGGUUCGGGUGGAGCCAUGCAGCUCUGCUGUCCUGCAAUUUAGUGUGGACGAGAUUGGCCAGCUGGUCCCCCUGCUGCCCAAUCCCUGCACCCCCAUCAGCAAUACACGCUGGCAGACAGAAGACCUGGAUGGCAACAAGAUUCUCUUUCAGGUGAAAACCCCAGCUCAGCCUCCGCGACCUCUAACCUGUGCCUUUCCCCCAACUUGCAUGAGUGUUUCUCCUCGAGGGGUGCAGCUCAGGAGCACAGGACAGAGCCACAGCUUAUCACCCUGCAGCCUAACAGCUCCUCUGGCCUGGCAAAGUCAUGGGCAAGGACACCGACCACGUAGUGACCCUUUUUUGGAGAAGCUUCAUGGUGGUGGAGCAGAGAGCCUGGGAUCAGGAAGCUGCUGCAGCACCCCACCUGGGAGCUCCUGUUACUCCUCUCAGCGCAGCAGCCCUGCUCAGCUCUCAACAUCCAAUCACCCCGACUCCCCUCUGCGACCCUCUGUCACCCGCUCUCUCUCCCAUCUUCCUCUGGAAGAAGAUGAAGAGGAGUCAGAGACUAACGUAGACACAGGAGUAGCCAUCUCUCCGCACUCAGACACAUCCAUCAAAAGAAUUCCUCGCUCCUCCUCAAUUGACCUUUUGAUGACUCUCCAGUCUGAGAGACCUGCAGCAGUUGGGGCUUCAUCUGUCGAGGAGCUGGCCAGGGAGUUGAUCGAAUGUCUGCCACGGACACAUAUGAACCCUCACAAGCCCUCUGGGGCGUGGGCCUCUGGUGGUUGUGCAGAUGCAGCCUUGGAGAGCAAGACCAGUGCGGUGGAACAAAGCCCUUCAAACAGGCUCUUGGCAGAGAAAAGGACUACUGCUGUGCCGCUGUCUGCUCAUACAAACAGUGAGCAACCAGUUGAUGAGUUCUUCAUCUAAAUUACUGCCACUAUGACACACGUCUUGGUAAUGAUGACAGGACACAGAAGUGUAGCCUGAUAAAUGAAGCCUGCAUUGGAAGACGAAGGACACUAAAGUACUACAGAAGGAGGCACACUUCACCUGGACAUGUCUAAAUUCUUUAAAAGGUUUUAAAUACCCCAUGUAUUUCCACAAUGUACAUUAAUGGCACUCUCCGAAGACCCAUCAAGAGAUUGUUGGAAGGUGAGUGAUGUAAGUCAGGACAGCUUAUAUUGCUAAUGUAAAAAUGACUUUUAUAUAUAGAUUUAAACAUGAUUUGUGCAGCUAUUUGCUAAAGUGUAGCUCAGUGAAUAACAGUAACUUGUAUUUAAGAGGUACUGAGGACAGUCUAUGUUUAUCAGUUGUCUUGGAAAGCUAACUUUUCAUGUUUUUGUUGCCUUUAAACCAGAUUAAAUCUCAGUGUGAAGGCAGUCUUUAAUAUUGCUGUUAAUCAUGUGUUGAUAAGAUAAGAAAUCUGAUUAAGUCAGAUUGCUUUCCACAGUGUCACAGGUCUGAGACCAGCCUUUAACUAACAGAAGUCUAAUCUUCUGGUUUUUAUUUACAUUUGUUUUUGAUCGUCACUCAUAUUUUUGUGUAAAAAUGUACAAAUGAUGGAUCAGACAUGGCUUACUUACUGUGAGGACGGUUUUCCGCCCUUAGAUAUAUAAAGUAACCAAACAGGCAAAAUAAAUGCAUAAUGUGAGAUCUCAGCAAUGUUAAUUAUUUUAAGGCCAUGCUAAGCUGAGGGAUCAGCAAACAGAUUAACGAGUGAAAACCUAGCAAGCAAAGCAUGGAUUGGACUGAUUACUUUUAACAGAUGGUAGCUACAUUUUUGCAAGGUGCUCAU